CUAAAUUCUUCCAAUAACCAAUCUUGUGUGGGUAGGUUGCGAUUAUUUAGCUUUACAAUUUCAGUGUGACAAUUUUAGAAUCUUAGUUUAGUUUUCUUUCCGAAAGAGAAACAUUCUGUUGAAUGUUCUGACACAUCCGAUGCGUACUUUUAAAUGAGAUUUUGAACUCCCUAAUCCCAAACUUAACAACAACAGCAACAACAACUAAACAAUAACAAAUUCAUUGUUUUAGACAAUUAUGACGUCAAAGGUAAAAAAAAUAAUAUGUGUCACAGGAUUUCAUUGCUGUCAUUUUGGUGAGUGAAGUGUUUCCGAAAUGUUCACAGCAGCACCCUGGUGUGCCAAAUUUCCACCAAUCGGGGAAAUGAAAGGAUGAAGGGUGCACUCACUCCAGGCGCCAACAACAAGGGGUGCAAAAUUCAUUUUCAAAGAGACCUCAAAUGUGAAUUUAACUAUACAAUUUAAUGUACUUCCUAAAGACAAAAGGCUCCAAAAUUUGUAUUUUUUUGUCAAUCGCGAAAAAUUCAUAGUAGGUUUUAGGUGAACAUCUUUGGCACAAUGAUACAUAACUUGACCCACCUGAGGUUCAGUCAACAAUACGGAUAUUUUUGCUGUCAUCACUAGUUUGCUGGUAGCUGGGACCAAACGUCUUCCCAAAAUAUUCCUUUUGAUAAUUUGAAUUAUUAAUAAUCAGGACGAAGUGCAGCCUUUCAUCCCUCAUCAAUAAUCGGUAGCUGCAAACAUUGCCGUAUAUAAUUCCCCGCUCUAGUAUUCAUCCAGUCUUUAAAUGCUAUACCUCUAUCCGGGUGAAAGAGAGAGAAGGGUUGGACGACGUUACUUUUUUUCGUGGCCCUUGCAAAUUAAAUGGAGAUAAGCCAAAAAAAAUAUAGGGAAAACGUAAAAAAAAAAUGCAACAAAUGGACAAGUAAAGGGAGCCCUUGAAAGACCUGUUGUUGUUUUUAAAAAUAAAAAAAAUAAUAAAAAAAAAACAAUAUUACGUGAAGCAAAACCACCUUCCUGCCUUGUUUGACAUUAACAACCUAGUCAUUAAAGGGCAAACUGGCUUUUCUAAAACAUAAUUUCCUAAAGAUAUAGAUAAUGAGUUGUUUUUUUCCGGGAAUUAUUAUAACAUUUCAAAGUUUAAAUAGUUGAAAUAUGACCGACAUUGCCUUGUCUGGAGUGAAGUUAAACACAUUUUAUUUGGCUUUCUUUGCCGGUUAUUUUGUUACAAGAUGUGUUGCAUAAUUAGCUGAGCAUUUAAGUGUAAGCUUGCAUCCACGAAAUAAUGUCAGCAGUGACAAAUUGACUAAGAUUAUGUAUUCACAUCCACAAACAUGAAAGAAGCAAUAGUCUUAGGCAGUGCUAUGUGGCUUUGCCAGAACUAGAAUGAAGACUUUGACCUGGCAAAAGGAUUGAAAGUCUAUUCGAGGCAUCAAUGUUAACAGAAUCUGCCAAGCGGUUUAGCAUUAUGAAACAAAUAAUUGAAGCUGUACCAUUGCUUUGUAAUCGGGGUGUUUGAUUUUGUGUGGCUGUUCACAACGCAUUAGUGGAGAAGAUAAUGUAAAUUAUAUUGGAGUCAUAGAGUUGUCUCUCUGGGAUUCAAUUAUAAAAUAGCAUGUAUUGCAAGAUACAGAGUCACAAGAAAAUGGAUAACGACUUCAAGAAAGUUAUCUCAGUACCGAUUCCAAAAAAACGAGUUAUGUGCUGAAUGUUCCUAACAACACUUCAGAAAGGCAGAAAAACUGGAAAGUACUUAACUACUAUUGUUCAUUCCACGCAAAGAUUCACCCAUGUUAAACAAACAACAUUUAUUUUGCAUAAGGUGACACCUGAUUAAAAGAAGUAGACAUUUUUUUAAAGGAUUUUGACAGUUUUCGCCACAAGCAAUAAAUCAGGAAAGGGCAAAGCAAAGAUGAUAGAAGAACAAUAAUAGAACCCCAUAUUCCACUGUCGGAUUAUCGUUCACUACUUACUUACUGAUGCCUUUUAUCCCGAAUGGGGUAUAGGCCAUCUUCAAAUCUUGAAAAAGCGCACUGGUUGUUCUCUCAGCUGUGUGUCUCACACACGAGGGUUAGACCGUGUUGUUUGAAAGUAUAAAGCCUAUUGUAGCCCACAUUUCAGGCAUCGCAUUAUCAUUAGAAAACUCUUGGAGUUGAACCUAACUGCCAACUCAAGGAAGAGAAAAAUGUAAGUUUGUCUUAUGUCAAAUCCUUCAUUUGUGAUACUGCCUGUUGUUUGGUACAGAUUAUUAGUUCCAGUUGAUAUCUGUAACAAAGUUAUUCAGUACAGAAAUGCAACGUUAGAUGUCUACGUUUUCAACUUAAGAAGCUUGAUUUCAGCACUGAUAAAUCUUCGGAACACCUGGAAAAAUAUAUGGGAUGAAGCUAAGCAUGCUGCCUCUAAUUUGGGUAUGGUACUGAAGCUCUCUGGAACUCGGGCUGAAGCACAACGCAAAGAUGAUCUAAGAUCAACGUGGUGUCAAAACAAGAUAAAGUUGAUAAAUCUUCUGAGGACUCAUAUUUCUAUGUAAUAUUUAAUGUGUCUUCUAUGUAAUAUUUAAUAAUGUUAUUUGUGAACUCACUGUUUAUUAUACGAAAAAUCAAAAUUCCUGGCAGAUUAAUCGCCCUCCAGCAUCAUGGAAACUCUUGUAAUGGAGAUAAAUCAUUUGCUAUCUGUUUAUCAAGCAAAAAUUUUAAAGGACCAACUGAGUCCAUCCGACUUACUGAAUUGGAAAGAGCUGUAAGGUUUCUCCAAAUAUUUAUGUCUGGGUUCCGUGUUCUGUUAACGAUUCAUGCCACUGUCGCCUCUGCGGAGCGCUCAUUCAGCAAGCUUAAGCUGAUACAAAAUUAUAUAAGUUUGAAUAAAUCACAGGGGCGAUUGGUAUGAUUUUGCAGGACUCACUAAUGCGCCUGAUCUUGCGAAAACGAUUAAUUUUGAUGAUUUGAUUCGCAAUUUUGCCAGAAAACAGUCUAGGAAAGCACAUUUGCGAUUGGACUAUAAAUGUAAUUACAUUUCAACGAAAAUAAAUAUCUAGCAUUAAAUAAUUCAUUGCUUAUGUAUACUGUUUCAUUAUUGUUUAUUUACUUAAGUUUAAUAUUGUUUUAUCUCCCUUUAACAGAAGUACUUUUUUUCUUUUUUAAUAUAUUUGCCAUAUAUUUGAAUGUAAUUAAUGAUGUGUGUAAUUAUUAAUUUAUGUGUCCACGUAUAGGUAAGAAGGCCCAUCUCUAGUCUUGCUCGAGCACUUAAUUAUCCCUUUGGUGUACCCUGCUUCUAUAGUAUAGUAGGCUUACCAAACUGUACUUUCUCCAAAAAGGAACCCGGUAUUUUCAUAAAAUAAUUUCUUCCAGAAUGUAGUGACAUGUUUUAUGGAGAAGAUUGUCAAUACAAGAGUACCUGUAGCAUUUACAACACAAAGCUUGUAAAUCCAGUUGAUGGUCUGUGUACUUGCUACCUAAACUGGACAUCCACGGAUUGUUAUGCAGAUUUUAAUGAGUGCAGCGUCGCUGCUUGCAAUUCCACUAACUCCUACUGUGAAAACAUUUACGGUUCAUAUCAAUGUAUGUGUAGAUAUGGAUAUGAAAAUGUCAAUUCAACAUUUUGCGAUGGUAAGACAUGUCAUUGAUCUUUAUAUUUAUGUUUGGAUAAAAUAAUGAAAUUUGAUGUUGUUCAACUUUUUUUUGAGACAUUAAUUUAGCGUAAUGGUGUGAUAUAAACCUAUUUUUUACGUGGCCCUCACUUAUUAGUUAGAUUUGAGUAACAAAAUAGUUCAAACAAAGUAGAAACAUAAAAUCAAUGCAAGUAAGUUUAUUACGUGUUUCAAACCUCUUUACUAGAGCAUUUUUUCCCCAAGGAAAUGGACACCGUUGCAUUCAAAUUUAUUUUCACAGAGAAAAUUUUCUUUUUAUUUUUAAAUUUUACCACAAACCGAGUAGCUUUAAAUAAUUACUUUAAAUAUAAAGACCUUAGUGCUAAAUGUACUUAAGUCACAAAAAGCACAUUUUGAGAUAAUCACGUUCAAAUAUUCUUUUCGUCUAUAAAUUAAAAUUAUUUUUAAAAUGUGUCAGAUUUACAUAAUAUUACAAUUCCCAAAUGUAGUUUUCAUGCAACGUGUCUUCAAAUGGAAAGUGAAUUUAUUAACAGCUCAAUUAAUAUAUCAAUACGCCAAAUCAAUUCAAUGGCAUUUUUAAUGAGAUAAGAAGAUGAGCAUGCAGCCUACCAAUUAAAAAAAAAGAUAUGAUUAAAACUAGUUAUAGUAAUGAAAAAAAAUACAACUUUUAUUAAACUUAUCAAACUGUGUUGACAAUUUUUAUACGAUACUUUCUCAACAAAAAUCAAAAUAAAAAUAAAAUCAUUUUAAAAAGAUAGAUCCACUAGUUUUGAGAACCUUAACUAACUUAGUAUAUUUUGUUAUUUCACAGAAGAAGAAGCCUUAACUAUAUUAUAAAACAUCAAAAUCUAAAACUAAAUUGUGCAUAGUUUUGAAAGUUUAUUCAUAAUUUUUUUCAUCUAAUUUUAAUUUUCUAACUGUUCUCAUAAUACCCUUGAUGCUAUAGACGACAUCUGAAAAUUUAUGUAUUUUUCAUUUUUGUUUUCAGCAAACAAUAUUAUUAGCUCCAUAAAAAUAUUAGGCAUAAACGUUUUGAAAUGCAAUCGUAAUUCUAACCAUGUAUCAAUUAAGUUGAUUUUUUAAAAAAGUUUUUAAUGGAAAAGUAUUAUUAUUAUUGUACUUUUAAAGUUUUGUCUCUAACCUGAAUUUUAAAACAAUGUUUUACAGAGUGUGGCAAGACUUUGACAAACCUUUCAGGCAUCAUAUCUGCACCUUAUUAUUAUUUUGAG